AUGAUCCUCUUCCAAGUUCCAAUGCUCACCAAGAGCAACUAUGACACUCAAAGGGAAGCCUUGAGGGAUUCAAGAAAGAAGGACAAGAAAGUUCUCUACCUCGUCUAUCAAGCGGUGGAUGGAGAUGCAUUCAAUAAGAUCUCAAAUGCAACUACGAACAAAGAAGCAUGGGAGAAGCUUCAAACUUGCAGCAAAGGAGUGGAGCAAGUUAAAAAGAUCCUUCUUCAAACUCUUAGAGGUGAGUUUGAACUUUUGUUCAUGGAAGAAUCUGAAUCAAUUUCUGAUUAUUUUUCUAGAGUAUUGGCAAUUGUCAAUCAAUUAAGAAGAAAUGGUGAAGAUGUUAGUGAAGUGAAGGUUAUAGAGAAAAUUCUUCGCACUGUAACUCCAACCUUUGAAUACAUUGCUACAAACAUUGAAGAUAAUAAAGAUUUAGAAACUAUGACUGUUGAGCAACUCAUGGGUUCUUUAGAAGCCUAUGAGGAGAAACAAAAGAGGAAAAAGAAGCCAAAGGAGACAGUGGAGCAAUUACUACAACUCAACUUGAAGGAAGAAAAUUUCGGCAAUAAUAGAGAUCAAAGAGGAAGAGGACGUGACCAAGGAAGCGGGCGUGGACGUGGCCGUGGACAAGGAAGAGAUUGCUUCAACAACUUCAAUAAUGGAGAAAGAAGUUGA